UUUGAAAUGUUCAUCCAGUGGGUCCUUCUGAUCUCCAGCGUUGCACUGAUUUCCUGCAAAGGGCUUCCGACGCGAAUCGUGGGAGGUGAAGCGGUGUCGAUCGCAUCGGUUCCUUGGCAGGCUUCCCUCCAGAAGUUUGGAGUUCAUUUCUGUGGUGCUGCCAUCUACAGUGAGGAUAUCGUCAUAACGGCAGCGCACUGUUUGAAAAAUAAAAAUGUUCGCAUCUAUUCCGUGAGAGUUGGCUCAUCGUACGCCUUCUCCGGAGGUCAGGUGGUGGGGGUAUCAAGGAUACUGUCGCACGAGGGUCACGACACAAGUAUGUCCUUCGAUAUAGCCCUCAUUCGACUUCAGACCAAGCUCACGAUGAACGACGGAGUUCGCCCCAUUCCUUUGGCCGAUACUUCCCCGAAUAUUGGAUCCCCUGCCUCGGUUUCGGGAUGGGGAGCUGUUGGAUUUAAGGAUCAAUUGUCAAACUCCUUACUUGCAGUAAAUGUGAACGUUGUGGAUCACAAGCAGUGUCGAAGAUCCUACGGCAGAGUCAUCACCCAGGACAUGAUCUGCGCCGCCGCCCCGGGAAAGGAUGCCUGCUCCGGGGACUCAGGAGGUCCUUUGGUGUCCGAUGGAAAGCUCGUUGGCAUUGUCUCCUUCGGAACGGGAUGUGCUCACCCAAAAUACCCCGGGGUCUAUGCCAAUGUGGCUGAGCUCAAGGCCUGGAUCUUGACCUCUAUUGAAAUACUUUAAUAACUUUGCUUAAAGAGCUUAAAUAAAGGAUGUUUAUAACGAACAAA